AUGAAUCAUCAAGCUACAUUUCAAGAUCGAUGGCCACAAAUGAAACGUGUCGUAUUAAAGAUUCUUCGACAAGAACCAACUUCACAAGUCGAAUGGCAAAAUUUAUUUACUGAUGUAUACGGUGUUUCCACAUGGUAUCCGUCAAGUAUACAAGAAAUAUUUACGGAAUUAUCAAAUGAAAUUACUCGGCAUAUCAAACAAGGACAAGAGCGUGUUCUACGGCAUGAUGAAGAUUCAGCUCUUCUCAAAGCAUACAUUCAUGAGUGGUCUAAGUUUUAUGAACAAUGUGAAUAUUUACCUAAACCGUUUGUUCGUAUUGAAACAACGCCCAAUGGGAAUAGCUCUUCCAAUGCAACAUAUAAUGCAGAGAAAACAACACGUAAUACAGAUCAAGUUCGACAGUUAAUGCUUGAAUCAUGGAAUAAUAAUAUAUUUAAAGAUAUAAAACAUCGUCUUCAAAAUAGUGCAAUGAAAUUAGUUCAAGCGGAACGUAAUGGUGAAUCAUUCGACUCUCAAUUAGUUAUUGGUGUUCGAGAUUCAUAUGUGAGUUUAAAAACAGAUGAUAAAGAUAAAUAUAAAGUUUAUAUUGAAAACUUUGAACGUGCUUAUUUGAAUGAAACAACUCGAUUUUAUAAACAAAAAGCUGGCCAAUAUCUCGCCGAACAUGGCAUCCUAUCUUAUCUUUAUUAUGCAGAUCAAAAACUCAAAGAAGAAGAAAAACGUGCGCGACGCUAUCUUGAAUCUGUAGCAGAAUGUAAUAGUGUUCCAUUAUUGGUUCGUCGAUGUGUUGAUGUAUUUGUUACGGAAUUUCGUGAGCAAAUUACUAAUGAAUGCCCUAAUUUAAUCGAAAAUAAUGAUAUUGAACGUUUACGUCUUGUAUUUGUACUUCUUGAUCAUACAGGAGAUAUAACGUCGCUAACACAAUCACUUGAAUCAUUUAUUGUUAAACAAGGACUUGAUAAUAUGCUUAAAAAUAAAGAUACAAUCAAACAAGAUCCUGAAAGUUAUGUUCAACAGUUACUAGAUCUUUAUCGACAAUUUUCAAAUCUUGUACGUGAUGCUUUUCUCAAUGAUCCAAGAUUUCUUACAUCUCGUGAUAAAGCUUUUCAAAAGAUUAUUAAUGAUAUUUCAGUCUUUCAACUUGAUAUGCCAGCGCGUGCUACACGAGGAACAACUCGGACAACUCUUGCUGAAUCGCGUUGUCCUGAAUUAUUAGCACAGUAUUGUGAUAUACUUUUACGUAAGGGUACAUCAACACACAAAAAAUAUUCAUCAGAAGAAAUUGAAGUUAAACUAAAAGAUGUGUUAUUAUUAUUGAAAUAUGUACAAAAUAAAGAUGUUUUUAUGCGAUUUUAUAAAGGAGCUCUUACACGUCGCCUUAUCUUGGAUACUUCGAUCGAUAAUGAACUUGAAGAAAGCAUUGUUAUUCAAUUAAGAGAUGUUGGUAUGCCAGCUGAAUUUAUUAUUAAAUUACAGCAAAUGUUCAAAGAUCUGAAAUUAAAUCGUGAUAUGAAUGAAGAAUUUCGAAGUGUAUGCCCAUCGUCACGUAACAAUAAUACCAUGAUGGAUUCAUUUUCAUUUAAAAUUCUAAGUGCUGCGGCAUGGCCGCACCCAGGUGAUAAGAUUGAUGUAUCAUUGCCAGCACAGAUCGAAGAUGUUCUACCAGAAAUUGAAGAAUUUUAUAAGAAAAAACAUUCAGGAAGAAAAUUAACUUGGUAUCAUACAGUAUCAAAUGGGCAGUUAACAUUCGCUUCUAAAAAUGGUAAAUACGAUUUAGAUGUGUCAACAUUACAAGCAUCGGUACUUUUCGCAUGGAAUCAUCGACCAACAAAUAAGUUGACAUUUAGUGAACUUAAAUUGGCAACAAAUAUCCCAGAAAAUGAAUUGAAAAAAACUCUAUGGUCAUUAGUAUCGUUUGCAAAAUUGAAACAACAAUUAAUAUGCUAUGAAACACAUGUUGAAUCAUGUCAAGAUUUGAGUGAAAUGAGUCUAUUUUGGAUAAAUUACGAUUUUACAAUAAUACGUGCUGGUAAAGUUCAAACACGUGGCCAUGUUAAUAUGAUACAACGUCUUCAGUUAAAUACCGAAAAAGGACGCGAAGAAGAAAAUGAAGAAAUAAUGUUUUUACGCGGUGAACGUACAAAAGAAGCUAUUGUUAAAAUAAUGAAAACUCGACAGCGUAUGAACAAUGGUCAAUUACAAACUGAAUUAAUUGAAAUACUAAAAAAUAUGUUUGUACCAUCUAAAAAAUUAAUUAAAGAAAUGAUUGAAUGGUUAAUUGAUCAUCGAUAUAUGGCUAGAUCAGAGACAAAUAUAUCAGAAUAUGUUUAUGUGGCUUGA